AUGGCCAGUCGUACACUCAAGGGCGCUCGUGUUGUUGUCACAGGCGCUUCUACGGGGAUCGGUCGAGCACUGGCCGCAGAAUUGGCAGCGGCCGGAGCUUCGCUGCUCGUCACCGCCCGCCGGCAGGAACUCUUGGACGAGCUGGCCGAAGAGCUUCGCAGGGAUGGAGCUACUGUCGAAGUCGUCGCUGGCGAUCUGACCGAAGCGACCGUUCGCGAGUCGAUUAUCGAACAGGCGAUCGAGCACUUCGGUGGAAUCGAUAUCCUCAUCAACAAUGCCGGCGUGGGGGCCCUGGGGCGGUUCAUCAAUGCCGACGAAGCCCGACUGCGACGGGUGAUGGAGGUGAACUUCUUCGCCCCCGCCGAAUUGAUUCGCCUCGCACUGCCCACGCUCCGCAAGGGCACGAACCCGAUGGUCGUAAACAUCGGGUCGAUCCUGGGCCACAGGGCAUUGCCCCGCGUGAGCGAGUAUUGUGCCAGCAAGUUCGCCCUGACGGGCCUCAGCGAAUCGCUCCGCGGCGAACUCGUCCAGAUGGGGGUCGACGUCCUGCUCGUCUCCCCCGGCACCACGCAAAGCGAAUUCCACGGCCAAAUGAUCGAACGACAAGGCGAAACCCCCUGGGGACAAGCCGAAGGUGUUCCGGCCGAAGUGGUGGCCCAGCGAAUCGUAAAAGCCAUCCGCAAAGGCCGCCGACACAUCAUCCCCGACCUCCGCGGUUGGGUGUACGUGCUCGCCAACCGCACCGUGCCCGGAUUGUUAGAUCGCUUUCUGGCCCGGAGAGCUACCGUGAACGAAGCUACAAAUCUCUCGAAUAGCAGCCAGAUCAUCGAAACACUCUCGCAACAGCCCGAGUUGAUGCUGGCGUUCCUGCUGGGCUCGCUGGGAAUCGUCGCGGUCACCGCCAUCGCCAUAUCGGCCAUCUUGGGUUCGAAGUGGAAGAAGGUCCGGCAGUACGAAGAACUCAAUGCCCUGAAGCUGCAGAUGCUCGAUCGUGGCAUGUCGGCCGAGGAAAUCUCACAAGUGGUCUCCGCGGCACCACGCAAUACGUGGUAUGAACGUGUGGCCGAAGCAAGGAUGCCUGAACUUCAAACGCUGCUCAACCGCGUGAAGCAACGCCGGCAGUCGUCGCCGGUGGUGCGAGCCGCCAUGCGAGGCUUGUUGCUCUCCUGGAAGGCAGCCCGCUGGUUUCCAGGCACGCAGUACCUGCGCGUGAAACUCACCGCCGACGGGCACCGGUUCUGGAUUCGACCUUUCUCUUAUGACGACCUGCUCACCGUCUCGCCCGAUUAUGAGUCGAUCCUCAACCGCUGGCGCCCCCAGCCGGGCGAUACCGUGAUCGACGCCGGCGCGUUCAUCGGCCGACACACUUUGGCCUACGCACGUGAUGUUGGUCCAGAGGGUCGUGUGAUCGCCCUCGAACCACAUCCGGCGAACUUCCAACUGCUCAAGCGAAACGUUGAGGCCAACGGAUACAAGAACGUCACCUGCGUACAAGCCGCCCUCGCGGACCACUCGGGACAAGGCCGACUGGCCUACGACCGCGAGACCUCAACCAGUGCCCUGGCAACCGGCCAAGCCAGAACCGUACCGGUGCAAGUCCGCCGCCUCGACGACUUACUGAGCGAACUGCAAGUGUCGCGAGUCGACCUGAUGAAGAUCGACGUCGAAGGGGCCGAACUCGAAGUGCUAGAGGGCGGCGAUCGUACGCUCUCCCGAGAACCCCGACCGCGCUUCAUCAUCGAGAAUCAUCACGUCGCUUCGACUGACUGCCCCGUCUUGCGGUUGCUCAAACACCGCGGCUACGAGGUGGAAACUGUUUCCGAUAACGACCGGUACUUCUACGUAACCGGCCACGAUGCAAGCUCCGAGGCUAAACUGUCUACGGACGAAGCGACCGACAAGCGGAGCAGCUCGCCUGCCGAUAGAAUUUCGGCGUCCAUGAGUCAUGAUCUUCGCGUGACGACGAACCCGGCCGAGCGGCUGCUGCAACUGCCCUCGCGACUGGAAUCAGCAACGGACUUCGCGGAAGUGAUCGCCAGCCUAAAGUCAGGCCACGGGGCGACGCUAGACGGAGUCUGGGGCUCAAGCCGCGCGCUGGUGACGGCCGCCCUGGCCGAAAAUGCCCCCAGCACGCUUGUGGUCGUCUUGCCCGAGGCCGCCGAAAUCGACGGCUACCUAGACGAUCUCGAGAUGUUUUCAACCGCCGCAGCGGUGUCGUUCCCCCCGCAAGAAACGGCCCCCGGCGAUGAGGCGUUCGGCGACGAAGCCAGCGGUCAGCGACUGCGGCUGCUCAAACAACUGGCCUCCGGCACCCAACCGCCGGUCGUGGUCACUUCGAUCCAGAGCCUGCUACAGCGGUUGCCAACCCCGGCUGAGCUCACCGGCAGCACGCGAACCCUGCGGGUAGGCGAGUCGCUCGACCUCGAUGCGUUCGUUCGCUGGUUGCUCGAACGCGGCUUCACGAACAUGACCGCCGUGGAAUUGCCCGGCGAGUUCUCACACCGCGGCGGAAUCUUGGAUCUUUAUGCCAUCGAUUGGGAAGCACCAGUUCGCAUCGAGUUGUUUGACGACGAGAUCGAAUCACUUCGGCAGUUCGAUGUGGCCCAUCAGCGAAGCCUGGCUACGCUCGACGAAGUGGACGUGACAGUGGUGAACCGCGCAGAGCCGCUCGAUCAUCUUACGUCGUACCUGCCGCGAGACGCUUGGUUCUUAAUGGUCGAACCGCACGACAUCGACGAGGCGGGGAAGGCCUUUCUGAAUCGGGCCGAAGACUUGCAGUAUUACCACAGUACGACCGCCGUGAUGAAGGAGAUCUUGCGUUUCCCCUCGGCCACGGCUGCAUCGGUGGCCGCCGACUCGCUGGAAGCGACGUGCCGGCUGAAGAUCGAAUCGGUCGAACGCUUUAGUGGCGAGAUCGGCCGCGUGCGCGAUGAACUCGACGCCGCCGGCCAAGGGCAAGAUGUGUUCGUCAUCGUGCAGAAUGAGGCCGAAGCCAAACGGCUGAGCGAUGUCUUCGGCGAAACCCAGGUGAUGACCGAGGGCCGGCUGCACUUCCCCAUCGGGCGUCUGCAGUCGGGCUUCCGACUGGUCUCAGAACAAACGGUGCUUGUUGAUAGCAACGAGCUGUUCCAAAGGGUCGAUCUCGUGCGGCCGGUACGCCGCCACAUGGGUCGGGCCAUCGAUAGCUUUCUGGAACUGCGGCAAGGCGACUUAAUUGUCCACCUCGCGCACGGCAUUGGCCGCUAUCUGGGACUGAAGCUGCUCGAACGAAGCGAUCAGGUCGAAGAGCACUUGGAACUCGAGUUCAGCGGCGGCACCAAGGUCUACGUGCCCAGCACCAAGAUCGAACUGGUGCAGAAGUACGUCGGCGGCACCAAGUCGCGGCCCACAUUGGCCAAAAUCGGUGGGCGGAGCUGGAUCCGUCAGAAAGAACGCGCCGAACAGUCGGUCACCGACCUGGCCGCUGAAAUGCUGGAGCUGCAAGCCGCGCGGGCAUCGCGCCCGGGCAUCACUUUCCCGGAAGACACCGAGUGGCAAACCGAGUUCGACGCCGCGUUCCCCUACGUCGAAACCAAAGACCAACUCUCGGCCAUCGAUGCCUUGAAAAAAGACAUGUGCCAGCCCCAGCCCAUGGACCGCUUGAUUUGUGGCGACGUGGGUUACGGCAAGACCGAAGUCGCCAUGAGGGCCGUGUUCAAAGCGGUCGACAGUGGCUAUCAGGUGGCAAUCCUCGUGCCAACCACCAUUCUGGCCGAACAGCACGGUCGCACGCUCCGCAGCCGCAUGGCCGAGUUUCCCUUCGACAUCGCAGUGCUGAGCCGCUUCCGUACCAAGAAGGAACAGAACAAAGUCAUCGAGCGGCUGGGCGAGGGUUCGGUCGAUAUCGUCGUCGGCACGCAUCGCCUCGCCCAGGGUGAUGUGGAGUUCCACAACCUCGGGCUUGUCAUUAUCGACGAAGAGCAACGCUUCGGCGUUCAAGUGAAAGACCGCUUGAAGACAUUGCGAUCGACCGUCGAUGUGCUCACCCUUACCGCGACCCCCAUCCCGCGAACGCUCCAUAUGUCGCUGCUGGGGUUGCGUGAUAUCUCGAACCUGGAAACUCCGCCUGAGGAUCGCUUGGCGGUGGAAACCAGGGUCACUCGCUUCGAUCCCGAUCUCCUUCGUCACGCCAUCCUGCGAGAGCUGAACCGCGGCGGUCAGAUUUAUUUCGUCCACAAUCGGGUGCACGACAUCGAGAAGGUCGCCAGCCGGCUGCGUGAGAUCGUCCCCGAGGCCACCCUUGGCAUCGCUCACGGACAAAUGCCCGAGGGCGAACUGCAGGAGGUAAUGCUGGGGUUCGUCGACCACCAGUUCGACAUUCUGCUGGCCACCACAAUUGUCGAAUCGGGGCUCGACAUCCCCACGGCCAACACCAUCUUCAUCGACGAUGCCGAUCGCUAUGGACUGGCCGACUUGCACCAAUUGCGUGGUCGGGUCGGCCGCUAUCGCCAUCGGGCUUAUUGCUAUCUGCUGGUCGACCCGAAACGCUCGCUGAACCCCGACGCCGCCAAACGGCUGCGGGCGAUCGAAGAGUUCAGCCACAUGGGUGCGGGGUUCGCCAUCGCGCUGCGCGAUCUCGAGAUCCGCGGGGCGGGCAACAUCUUGGGCACCGAACAAAGCGGGCACAUUGCCAGCGUUGGCUACGAACUGUAUUGCGAACUGCUCGAGCAGGCUGUGCGGCGGAUGAAACGUAUGCCGCCGCGGGAAUUCGUCGAUGUCGACAUCGAUCUGCCGGGCGAAACCUAUCUGCCCCGCGACUACGUGCCGGAGAUGCGGACAAAGAUCGAUCUCUACCGCCGGCUUUCACGCUUGACCACUCCUGAACAAGUCGACGACUUCGCAGCAGAGUUGAUCGAUCGCUUCGGCCCUCAUCCCGAGGUUGUGAAGCGAUUGCUAGCGUUGAUGCAACUGCGAAUUGCUGCGGCCCGCUGGGGCGUGAACGCGAUUCACCGCGAGGAUGAAUACCUGGUUCUGAGCUAUACUGCGGCCCCUUUAAUCCGCCGCCUGGCGGAACUCUCUCGCGGAAGAUUACGCGUUGUCGAUGGGCAAACGGCGUAUCUACCAAUCAGCAACGAGCUUACCGAUCCAGACGCAUUACGGGCCGAGCUUGAAUCGCUGUUGCAGUUGGAAUGA